GUCAUUGGCCUUACGCUUGCGCAGCUUUCAGUUCUCAUGCUUCCUGCGGACGUUUCCAACAGGCAAAGCUGCAUUAAUGGCUUCGUGAGCGGAGAGUGCUCCGAGACUUUGCCCAUGAGAACUCUAUGGUACAUCCUUUGGAUUGCAAUAUGCGUCAUGGUCUUCGUCAUCAUCCCUUUCUCCAUUUUCUUAUACGAGGGCGAUGAAGAAAAGGGUACCGGAAAGCGGGUAUUGCUCGCGAUUUUGUGGUGUCUCCUGUCCGUGUUUGUGUUCGGGGGGCUCUUUGGGAUUCUUUAUGGUUUCGUUGGUUACGUGGAGUAUCCUGUAAAGAGGCUGGUCUCUGCGACUAUUCCCAUGACGAACGACUUUAGUUCGCUUGGUAGUCAAGCUUCUUGUGUUUCCUUGUAUAAUACCGGUCUGGGCGCGUGUUCUUCUUAUGCUUCCCCUCAAGGAUCCAAGACUACAUGGACACUGAGGGUCUCGUUUCCGAAGUACAUUAUUGCAUUAUUCACGAUACUGGGGUCUCUCUUAUUCUCAAUUUUUGGUGGUGUUGGCAUAGCCGUCUUGCCACUUUCAUCUAUUCUUUCCUUUCUAAGGCGUCCAAGAGCCACAAUAACCCGUUCGGAAUACAUUAAG